UUGUGCACUUUCAUGCUUUCUUCCCGAUAAGAUCAUUUUCAAGCUACUUCUGGAACAUUGCAACAUAUUGAGGCUAUAAUAGGGCAGCUGAGAAAAAAAAAAAGUCGAGUCUCGCUGACAGCAAAUGAUGGUGCUAAUAUGAGGAGGUCCCGUUGGUCCUGGUGGCCUGGAUGAUCCUGUGUAACGGCAAAGCUGAUCACCCAUAAAGAUGGGCAUCUUCCAUCUCCUGUCCAUACUAAGCAAGGCUUUCUGCAAGAUCUUCAGCUUCUGUAGCAUGGCAUGGAAUCCAUUUUUUUGGUGCAAAAUCACAUGGCGCUUUUUACUUCACUUUUCUCAAGAGGUCAGUUCAUCUCUAAUAUUUGGACAAAACUCAGCUACAGAGGAAGACAUGCAAAAGCCAUCUUUAAAAAAUGAGGCACAACAAUCAGAUGGAGAGGAACUAAAGAAAGAACUUAAACGUAUGCAGGAUAUUAGCAGCACCUCUAUAAGCAGGCUAUAUACAUUUGAGGAAAAAGUCGGGAAGCUGGAAUCUGACUUAUCAGGGGAAAAAGAACUAUGGAGAACCAGAUACCAAGAGCUUCUUGAAGAGCAACAAGCACUGAAGGAACAGCAGGAAAGAUGCAACCUGACAGAGAGUGCAAAAUGUGAGAAUCCAGAGCAUCCAUCAUUUGAUAAUACUGAUGGGAUUGUAGAAGCAACCAUAAAUGGCGACGAUGUGUUGCGAAGGCGGUUAGGGGAUCCAGUGAACACUUGUACACAUCCCUGUAAGGACCUUAGAACUAUAGACGGGUAUAAGAACUUAGAAGUGCCUUCAUCAUUCACAUGCUGUUCAGCUUUGGAAAGCUUUUCUGUUUCCUUUCCUAGCAGGAUGAAGAGUCAUAGAAGUUUCCGUGUGUUUGUUCCUAAUUCUCCAAUGGAUUUGAAAGUUGGAAGCAGAGUAAAGGUUAUUUUACCCUGUGGCAAAGUUGGCACUGGAGCAGUGUGUAAAAUCGGACAGUUGCCUGGAAAAGUAGAAUUUCAAGUGGGUGUGGUCCUGGAGUUGCAACAGCCCCAGAAUCAGCCAGGAGAUAUUAAAGGGAAAAGCAAUUUAUCCAGUGAUUCAUGCUCCCAUGUGAUCAUCCCUUUCAGUAAAGUGCUGAUGGUUUGGGAAUAGACACAUACUAAAGCCACACUGAAGACAUUACGACUUUUCUUAUGGGAAUAGAACUGUUUUUAUCAUAAGCUGAAAUAUGUCUGGUUCAAUUUCUUAUCUGUCAAAUAAUAAUAAGCAGACGAUGGCAGCUGCUAUACACAAAAGGUUUCCUAAUUAAAACAAUAAAAUUGGUUGCUGGUAUCUCUGGAUUUUACAGUAAAUUGAUAUGAUAAUAUAGUAAUAAUAUCCUACGCUCGUUCUUAUUAAAAGUCGUUUCUUUCA